AAGGGAAAAAAAAAAUUCUAGGGUGGCUCCUCUCACUUUCUUCGCUUUCCUCUGACCACGCUCGCUUCCACCCCCAAAAAUCUCUCUGUCUCUUUCUCAUUGAUUUUUCUAGGGUUUGCUGCAGAUCUCGUUGAGUGCUUCAUUGAUCAUUAAUCUUCUCUCCAGAGGAAAAGGAAAAAAAAUGAGAGGAAUAGUGAACAAGCUCGUCUCCCUCUCUCUCUCCGUUGCCGGCAAAUGGCAGCAACAGCAGCUCCGCCGUCUCAACAUCCACGAAUAUCAGGGGGCUGAGUUGAUGAGCAAAUACGGAAUUAACGUGCCCAAAGGAGUUGCUGUUUCUUCUGUUGAUGAAGUUAAACAAGCGGUCAAGGAUGCCUUCCCCAAUCAAAAUGAGCUGGUGGUUAAAAGUCAAAUUUUGGCUGGUGGAAGAGGCUUGGGAACAUUCCAAAACGGGUUUAAGGGUGGAGUUCACAUCGUUAAGGCUGACCAGGUUGAAGAAAUAGCUGGAAGGAUGCUUGGGCAGAUACUUGUUACCAAGCAAACGGGCCCCCAAGGCAAAGUUGUCAGCAAGGUUUACCUGUGUGAAAAGUUAUCACUUGUGAACGAGAUGUACUUUGCUAUCACUCUGGAUCGUAACACUGCUGGUCCGCUUAUAAUUGCCUGUAGAAAGGGAGGAACCAGCAUUGAAGACCUUGCAGAGAAAUAUCCUGACAUGAUUAUUAAGGUACCUAUUGAUGUUUUCAAAGGAAUUACUGAUGAAGAUGCUGCCAAGGUUGUGGAUGGUUUGGCUCCCAAGGUUGCUGAUAGAACUGAUUCUAUUGAACAAGUGAAGAAACUAUAUAAGCUUUUCCAUGAAUGUGAUUGUACAUUGUUGGAAAUCAAUCCUCUUGCUGAGACUUCUAGUAACCAAUUAGUAGCUGCUGAUGCAAAGUUGAACUUCGAUGAUAAUGCUGCUUUUCGUCAAAAGCAGAUAUUUGCUCUCCGUGAUCCAUCACAAGAGGAUCCUCGAGAAGUUGCUGCUGCGAAAGCUGAUUUAAAUUACAUUGGCCUAGAUGGAGAAAUUGGUUGCAUGGUGAAUGGUGCAGGGUUAGCAAUGGCUACAAUGGAUAUAAUUAAAUUGCAUGGGGGAACUCCUGCCAAUUUUCUGGAUGUAGGUGGGAAUGCUUCUGAAGGCCAGGUGGUCGAGGCAUUUAAGAUAUUGACUUCUGAUGAUAAAGUGAAAGCAAUUUUGGUGAACAUAUUUGGAGGAAUAAUGAAGUGUGAUGUGAUUGCGAGUGGAAUUGUCAAUGCGGCCAAACAGGUUGCCCUAAAAGUUCCUGUGGUGGUUCGUCUUGAAGGUACCAAUGUUGACCAAGGGAAGAGGAUUUUGAAGGAAAGUGGAAUGACACUAAUAACGGCAGAAGAUUUGGAUGAUGCUGCAGAGAAAGCAGUUAAAGCGGCAAGCAGUUGAGGAAUUUAAGAUAUUGAGUCUUGUGUUCUUGUUUCUCAAAAUCCUUCCAAGAACUAAUGAGUUUUACAAAUCAAGCCCCAUUGAAUCUUGCUAAUGAUAAAGCAGAGGGUUGAGGAAUAUUCUUUAUUAUACUGUCCCACGAAAUUGGGUUUUCGUGGUUGAUAUGGUUGCAUUUAGCAUACAAUUCAAAGACUGAGAUCAGC